AUGUAUGAGAAGUUAACCAUGCUGAACCUGCAGAGCGGCUCAAACUGGAGCGGGCCCAACAACUGGUACCAUGACCCCACUGGAGUUCAGACACAACACAGCACAGUGUCUGAGGGCUGUCUGCUGGACACCGAGGGGAGCAUGGGGGGAGAGGCAGGGGGUGGAGGAGCGGGCCGAGGGGGAGGAGUACCCGUGGAGCGGGACGAGGGCGAGGAGUCUCAGCUGAGGCUGCAGCUCAAGAGGAAGCUGCAGAGGAACAGGACCAGCUUCACACAGGAGCAGAUCGAGGCUCUGGAGAAAGAGUUUGAAAGGACACAUUACCCAGAUGUCUUUGCGAGGGAGAGAUUGGCGAACAAGAUCGAUUUGCCAGAGGCCAGGAUACAGGUGUGGUUCUCCAAUCGAAGAGCCAAGUGGAGGAGGGAGGAGAAGCUGCGGAACCAAAGGAGGUCAGGGGGCGUGACUUCCUGUUCUCAGAGUCAAGCUCCUCUGACCACUUCCUUCAACACAUCUGUCUAUCAUCAUCAGCAGCAUGGCAGCAGUUCAGGGUCCAUGUUGAGUCAGGCUGAGUCGUCCCUGCCCAGCUACAGCUCCCUGUCAGUUUUCUCAUCUGGAGUCCAGUCUAUUUCUCCCCAGUCGGCCUCGUCCUACUCCUGCAUGUUGCCUCCAUCCCCCUCCACCCCGCGCAGCUUUGACUCAUCGGCGUACUCCUCCCCUCAUCUGCAGACUCCGUCCUCAGCCAACUCCAACACUGGGCUCAUAUCGCCGGGUGUCUCAGUGCCGGUCCAGGUCCCAGGAAGUGAGCAGCAGAACAUGAGUCAGAACCUGGGUCAGUACUGGGCCAGAUUACAAUGA